AUGAACAACGAGACUGGAUUAGAAUGCGAAACACAGUCGAUAUUUUUCUACUUUGGUUCACCAGUGGAGUCAAUCAAUGUGUUUAAUCAAACAGGGAAUAAUAGUGAAAUAUUGACGAAAAUCCCUCUGGAUCCUACGACGAGAGCGGUUAAAUUUUCAGUUGGUCCUUUAUAUUUCGGUCAGAAAUAUUCAGUUGUAUUUCAAGUGAAAUAUCCAAAAUCUCUUCGUCCUCCUGUCGUCAAACUUCCUGUCCUGGUUGAAGUUGUAUGCAAACCCUACGAGCGUAGCAGUGCCUUCACAAAUAGAUGUAAGAAGUCAAAAUUCUUCAGAUUCAUGUCUCCAAUAAGCGUUGAAAUCGACUACCGUAUGCAUACUUAUCCAUGCGACUUACCCCAUUAUAUUGCAAUGAAGAAUCCCAAAGUACCGUUGUUGAGUAGUCGACUGACUACAUUUCUGAAUGUUGGUGAUCGACUUUUUUAUUGUGGCCGUGUGCUUAAUUGGCAGUUAUCGUUUGAAGAGCAAAGACGAUGCUUCAUGAUCAGUCCAUUACCCCAAAGAAUAUGGUCAGAUAUGGGACCAAGUGUCGCACAAAUCUUAGCAUACGACAAUUCGUCAGGUGCCCUGCUCGGUUUGGGAGCCAACGGUGGAGGGGCAUUAAAGAGCCUGAACUUUGGAUUAAAAUGGAUUGUAGUCAAUUCAUUUGAGUAUCAAAGAAUUCUGAAUGCUUCAGCACAAAUAAUCACUGCGAGUGUCUUACCUUGGAUUUCAUUGACGGGAUCCUAUGACAAUUCAACUAUUGAGUCGUCUUGCAGUCUUAGUGUGUUGGGGCAGUGGAAAGUCUGUAUUGAUGGAAUUUACGCAAAUCAACUUCUGACAGCUAACUGGACUGUCACAUGCCCGAAAAUCGAACUUUUCAAACGGGGGAACAACUAAAGUUCAAGGUGAAGGAGUGUUGAUAGUUCUUUUAGUUUGACUGUGUAUUUUUCUUUCAUAUCAGGAACAUUUUUGU